GUAUUAGUACGAGUGACCAAUUCCAAAUAAGAAUCUGAGCAAAGAGCCGCCACCACUCAGAAAGUAAAAGCAUCGGAAUCGUUUCGCUUGAUUCCUUCAUCAUCAAUUCGUCAUCAUGUGGAGAAGAAUCGUCUCCUCUCAUCUCAAAGCCCUAGCCGCCGAUGUCGCCGCCGCUUCCCCUCGCCGAUCCAUAGCCACCACCGCGAGACCCGUUGGCUUCUACCCCACCGCCAAUCCAUCAGCCAUUUCCUCUUCUUCUUCUUCCGUCAUCCCUCGCCAUUUCAGCUCCGAAUCAGAGGCGGUUGCUGCGAAGAAGAAGAAGGUGGAGGAUGUAAUGCCUAUUGCAACGGGACAUGAGAAGGAAGAGCUUGAAGCUGAACUUGAGGGGAGGAGGCUGCUUGACAUUGACUUUCCCGAAGGUCCGUUUGGAACCAAGGAAGCACCUGCUAUUGUGAAGUCCUACUAUGACAAGCGAAUUGUGGGAUGCCCUGGUGGUGAAGGCGAGGAUGAACACGACGUUGUGUGGUUCUGGCUGGAGAAAGGAAAAUCUUUUGAAUGCCCUGUUUGCACUCAGUACUUUGAGCUGGAAGUGGUUGGUCCGGGGGGGCCUCCCGAUGGUCACGGCGAUGAAGACGACCACCACUGAUGCAAGCCUUCUCCCUUACCGCGAGUUUUGCUUUUUCUAUUUUCACGUUCUUAAGAUAUUUUAGAUUUUUUAUAAUUGGAAUAAAAAAAAAAAUAUGCCGCUGGCGAAACACGGUUGAAAAUGUUUUUGAUCCUUUUAGAACAACAACACUUCGGGUAUCGGAAAGUUUGUGAAAAUGCCAAAACUCUGACGACCGUUGUUUUACUUUUGUAACAACUCUUGAAUCAGAAUCAUUCUUGCCUUUUGCUUAUUAUAUAUUCAACUUUUGUUUU